AUGGCGGUGGAGGAGAAUGCGAAGCGGGUAGAAGAGGCGAAGAAGCUGUCCAAGGACCAACCACAAAAGGCAGAGCAGAUCUACAAGGACAUCUUGUCGAAACCACCAGGAACGAAUGAGCGAGCUGUGUGCGACUUCGAGAAUGCCCUCACAGGUCUGGGCGAGCUAUAUCGUGAUGGAAAGCGGACAGAAGACCUGGCCAACCUCAUCCAACAAACACGGGACUCGCUGUCGGGAUUCGCAAGAGCGAAGAUUGCAAAGCUAGUGCGCCAGCUCCUUGACUACCUCGCCGCGAUCCCGAACACCGUCGACACCCAGAUAACCGUCACAAAGUCAUGCAUCGACUGGGCUGUAUCUCAGAGACAGGGCUUCUUACGCCAGAGCUUGGAAGUCCGUCUGGUCAAUCUCCACAUGCAGAAGCAGGACUACUACGAUGCUCUCACACUCAUCAACCGCUUGCUGAAAGAGCUGAAGCGCUUGGAUGACAAGCUGGUGUUGGUCGAGGUACAACUGCUGGAGAGCAAGGUCUACCAUGCAUUGGGCAACAUCCCUAAAGGAAGAGCAGCUUUGACAAGUGCAAGGACAAGCGCUGCAUCAGUCUACACACCACCGCUCCUCCAAGCCGGUCUUGAUAUGCAGUCCGGACAGCUGCACGCCGAAGAUGGUGAUUUCAACACUUCCUUCUCGUACUUCAUCGAAGCAAUGGAGGGCUACCACUCGCAGGAUGACCCCGUCAAGGCUACCGCAGCAUUACAGUACAUGCUGUUGUGUAAGAUCAUGCUCAACCUCAAGGACGAUGUUGAUGCGCUCAUGACCUCGAAGCACGCUAUUCGAUACGCAGGAAAGGGACUCGACGCCAUGAAGGCCGUUGCACGAGCACACAACAACCGCAGUCUGGAAGAGUACGAGCAGGCAUUACACGCAUACCGGUACGAGCUCGGCAGCGAUCGUUUCAUCGCAUCGCAUCUCCGCCGUCUGUACGACAGCAUGUUGGAGCAGAACUUGAUCAAGGUCAUUGAGCCAUUCUCACGCGUCGAGAUCAGCCACGUCGCCAAGAUGGUUGGACUUGACCAGGCACAAGUCGAGCGCAAGCUUGGCCAGAUGAUCCUGGAUCAUGUCAUCGUUGGCGUGCUCGACCAAGGCAAAGGUGUGCUCGAGAUCUUCGAGGAGAGCGAGCGGGACAAGGGUUAUGAUGCCGCCCUCGACACGAUUGAGAAGCUGGGCAGCGUGGUGGAUGUGCUCUACACCAACCAAGCGACACUGCUUGAGUAG